AUGAGUUUCCUUCCGCACGAUCUCCACCUCGAGAUACUGAAGCGACUUCCGCCGCUUCCGCACGUGCUAGCGAGCGCCUCCGUCGUGUGCAAGGCAUGGCACGGCGUCGUGAACGACCCUUCUUUCCUCCGCGAGCUGUACCGCGCUCGCGGCGCGGCACCGGUGACCUUAGGUUUCUUCCACAAUUCCGACGACCUCCCGCACAUGUUUGUACCCGCCGGCGAGCCAGCAAGCUUCGACCACGGGUGCUACGAUCGGAGGACUGACUGGCAGUUCGUGGACUCCCGCCACGGCCGCGUCCUCCUGAGCGACGUGUGGGAUCAUCGGUUCCUGGUCUGGCACCCCAUGACCGAAGAGCGCCAUCUGGUUCGGGCGAAAGCGCUCGACAUGCCGGAGGCGCCCGACGGAAACAACCAGGUUGGUGCCGCGUUGAUCUGCGACUGCGCCACGGAAGACGGCGAGGGGGACCAAGGACAACGCCCGGCGUGCCACGCCAGCCCCUUCCGGGUGGCCGUCGUGUUCAGGCACCCGGAGGACGACACCAUGCUUGCGAGCGUCUUCUCUUCGCUCACCGGCCAGUGGUGCCGGAUGCUGGAGCUUCCCCUGGUAUGGAAAGUCCGUUCGGAGCCUUGCACCGUCGUCGGCAACGUCUUGUACCAGCAGCUCGUGGAGUGCCGCAUCCUUGCCUUUGAUACGGACCUGCGGACCCUGACCACGCUCCAUCGGCCAAGAUGCGGCAACGUGCGUCUCCUCAAGAUGGACGGUGGCGUGCUUGGGCUAGCCGGGGUGCAAGGUUUCACCCUGCACUUGUGGGCGCGAGACGCUGAUGCUGACGAUUGGGUGCUGCUGAAGACGGUUAAUCUGAAGGAGAUUAUCCCUGGUCUCUCGGCUGCGCCAUCGCCCAAGACGGACCCUCGCUUUACUGCCAUGCCGGUGGUCAAGAUAAUCGGGGUCACAGAGGAAGGCGAUGCGCUGUUUCUGUGGACCAUGAUCGGCAUCUUCAUGCUCGGUACUGAAUCCAUGGAGUUGAUGAAGGUGCAUGGGACUGCAGUUGAUAAAAUGAAGACCGUUUACCCUUACGCAUCCUUCUAUCUCCCGGCCGCUGGAUGGUAA